AUGUGGGAGUCACCCUGUGGAGGGGACCGUGAUGAAAUUGACCACAUCAUCGUAAGUAAAAGUUUCUGCUUGACGGAUGUGGCUGUUGUGCCAAGGUUCUAUACGGGAUCGGACCUUCGCCUCCUCCGAGGAAGAUUUUCGUUUACCUGGAGAGAACAGAAAGCUGAGAAGCUCAGAGAGCGAAAUCCCGGAACUAUCAUUAACUGGGAUCAUUUCGCUACACUAGCCGGCUUUUGUGAAGAUUCCGCAAUGGGCACGAGGUAUAUGACCGGCUCGCUGAACACCUUCACGACUGCACGGGGAAGACCGAAGAUUUCAAACCCCCAGGAGACGCCUGUCUCUCGAAACUCUUGA